CGCCUCUCCUCUCCGUUUGCUUUGCAUUCACCCCUUGCCGCACACAUCAGGAAGGCGGGCAGGCGACGACAAUGACGAUGAUGGCGCCGCAUCCGCAGCCACUGCCGCUGCCACAGCCGCCGGCGCCGUUCGGGGACACCACGCUCACCAAGGUGUUCGUGGGCGGGCUGGCGUGGGAGACCCACAAGGACGCCCUCCGCGAGCACUUCGAGCGCUACGGCGACAUCCUCGAGGCCGUCAUCAUCUCCGACAAGCUCACCGGCCGCUCCAAGGGCUACGGCUUCGUGACGUUCAAGGAGGCGGACGCGGCCAAGAAGGCGUGCGAGGACGCCACCCCCGUCAUCAACGGCCGCCGCGCCAACUGCAACCUCGCCGCCCUCGGCGCCAAGCCGCGCCCCCCGCCACACAUCCUCCGCCCUUCGCCGCCGGCCACCCCGGCGCCGCACGCGCCCGCGCUCCCCUCGCAACACCAGCCCACGCCAGCCAUCGCCGUGGGGUCCAGGGGCGUGUCGCCGGUGCCGUGGUACUACCACCCCUCCACGACGCCGCCGCCACCGGCCGCGCACCACUACGCCCACGGCGCGCACCAGCAGUACCACGGCGUGCUCCCGUUCUACCCCGCCGCCGCCGCCACCUACGGGUACGCCCCGAAUUACGUCGCGGACCUGAGCUACAAUGCGAAGGUAGGCCAGGCGGCAGCUGGCGGCACGGGCGGGUCCUACCUGCAGGGGCACUUCGCGUACCCGGCGGCGGCGGCAGCGCAGGGCGGCAUGGUGGCGGCGGCGCCCAACGGCAUGGUGCCGGUGUACCCGUUCUACCACUACCACCAGUACCACGCCUCGCAGGGGGGAGUCGCCGCCGCGCACUUCUUCCCCCCGGUCUCCGCCGCCGCCGUCCCCGCCGUCGUCUCCAAGCACACCGUCAUGGCCGCUCCCAAAGUGGAGCAGGUGACAGGCUGCAGCUGAAGGCACGAGGCGAUCGAUGAUGGCGACGACGAGCGGCGGAACGAAAGGAGCAGGCCAAACAGGCUGAGCUGCACAUGAAGGGUGUCGUCCGUCUGUCGGGAGGGCCCGAAGCGACGCAAGGCCCGGGCCCCCAUUAGGCCAUUGCUACAUCCCCCCUCUGACUUCGUGCGUGGCUGCACGGCCACCGUGCCGGGCAAGAACAGUCUGUAACAAAUGAUUCGAUUCGUCUCUCUCUCGUUUACCAACCGUAUUUUUUUCCAAUGGUAAACCCGUUACCAGUGUCUGUAGGGGGCAGCGGACCCCAAU